CGCUCCCAGCGCUCUUCCUCCUCCGCGGGGAAGCCGGGAGCUCGCCAGAGUGUACGGAGACGCGGUAGGCUGGGCGACCCUCUCCAGGCGCGGGGCGGAGAAAGCCCACCCGCCUCCGGAGCCCCACAGACUUGUCUGCGACCCGCACAGCAAUGGAGCCCUCUUGGCUGGAGAUGCGCUGGGCGCGGCCCUUGUACCUGGCCUUCGUGUUCUGCCUGGCCCUGGGGCUGCUGCAGGCCAUCAAGCUCUACCUGCGGAGGCAGCGGCUGCUGCGAGACCUGUGCCCUUUCCCCGCGCCCCCCACCCACUGGUUCUACGGGCACCUGAAGCUACUUCAGGAUGGUGAAAUGGAGAAACUUGAGGAGCUUGUUGGAAAAUACCCUUGUGCCUUUCCUUGCUGGGUUGGGCCCUUUCAGGUAUUCUUCUAUAUCUAUGACCCAGACUACGCAAAGGCAUUUCUGAGCAGAACAGAUCCCAAGUCCAAGUACCUGUACAAGUUCUUGAUUCCAUGUCUUGGAAAAGGACUAGUGAGUCUAGAAGGACCCAAAUGGUUCCAGCACCGUCACCUACUAACUCCUGGGUUCAAUUUUAACAUCUUGAAAUCAUAUGUUGAGGUGAUGGCCCAUUCAGUGAACACAAUGCUGGGUAAGUGGGAGAAGAUCUGUGGCCCCCAGGACACAGUUGUGGAGGUCUUUGAGCAUAUCACCUUGAUGACCCUGGACAUACUUAUGAAGUGUGUUUUGAGCCAGGAGACCAACUGCCAGACAAGCAGCACCCAUGAUCUUUAUGUUAAAGCGACAUUUGAAGCCAGCAAAAUCAUCUUUCACCGCUUAUACAAUUUCUUACAUCACCUUGACAUAAUUUUCAAAUUCAGCCCUCAGGGCCACCGCUUACAGGAAAUGGUCAAAAUUCUACAUCAGUACACAGAAAAGAUAAUCCAGGAUAGAAAAAAAUUGCUCAAGAAUGAGAAGAAGUAUGGUAACACUCAGAAGCGGAAGUACCAGGAUUUUCUGGAUAUUAUCCUUUCUGCCCAGGCUGAAAAUGACAACAACUUCUCAGAUACUGACCUACAGUCCGAGGUGAACACAUUCAUGUUGGCAGGGCAAGACACCAUGGCAGGGGGCAUUUCCUGGCUCCUCUACCACCUGGCUCUGAACCCUGAGCACCAGGAGAGAUGUCGGGAGGAGAUCAGGGGCAUCCUGGGGGACGGGUCUUCUAUCACCUGGGACCAGCUGGGUGAGAUGUCAUACACUACAAUGUGCAUCAAGGAGUCACUCCGACUGGCCCCUCCAGUCCCAUCCAUUUCCAGAGAGCUCAGCAAGCCCAUUACCUUCCCAGAUGGACGCUCCUUGCCUGCAGGAAUAACCGUGGUUCUCAGUAUUUGGGGCCUUCAUCAUAACCCUGCCAUCUGGGAAAACCCAAAGGUCUUUGACCCCUCGCGAUUCUCUCAGGAAAAUUCUGAUCAGAGACACCCCCACUCCUUCUUACCAUUCUCAGCCGGACCAAGGAACUGUAUCGGGCAGCAGUUUGCCAUGAUUGAGUUAAAGGUGGCCAUUGCCUUGAUCCUGCUCCGCUUCAAGGUGUCUCCAGAUCCCACCAGACCUCUUGUCUUCUUGCCCCAGGUUGUCCUCAAACCCAAGAAUGGGGUCUACUUGCACCUGAAGAAACUACCCUAAUGUUACAGCCUAGGGUACAACAAUUAUAUAUAUAUAUAUAUA